AUACGAAUUAUGUUGAUCAGUAUGAACUGUGGUUGUAAAUAUGAAUAUACCGUUAUAGUAAUUGGCUAAAAUCAUGUGAAAUGGUGCAACCCCGCUGGUCAGCACUGGUGGGGUCACCGAUCGCCCGUCAUCAAUACGAGGGGUAAACCAUCACAAAUCAAGCUUCUCUCCAACGAAAUAACUAUAAAUCAACCCGUACCUCUUUGAUCCUUCGUCUUCCCAGAAUAUACUAUACCCUACACACGCCAACAUGAAAGCCUACUGGUACGACAACUUGCCCGGCGACCAGCGCGAACCCCACGACUCCGGACGCGAGGUCUCCGUCGACCAGCUCUCGCGCGUGGGCGUCCUCUACUACAACUACUCCGAGCUCGAACAAGUUGAUGCUCUGGCGUCGGAGCGCUCAUACAAGAACCGCGAUGUGAUCACCGUGUCGCCGAGCGCAAUGGGGGAGGUCUACGAGACGAAGGUCAAGUCGUUCUUCGCAGAGCACAUGCACGAGGAUGAGGAGAUCAGAUAUAUCCGCGACGGAAAGGGAUACUUUGAUGUCAGGAACGAGGGUGAUGAGUGGGUGAGGAUUUUGCUGGAGAAGGACGACUUGAUUAUUCUCCCGGCGGGCAUCUAUCACAGGUUUACGACCGACGCGAGCAAUUUCAUUGUUGCAAUGAGAUUGUUCAAGGAGGAGCCAAAGUGGACACCGCUGAACCGCGGGCCAGAUGUCGAUAUCAACCCGUACAGGCAGGAAUAUGUCGACAAGACACUGAAGGUUUAGACGAGGAAAGCAAGUACAUAGUAGAUAUGAGCUAGUAUUGCAAUGAUUAGCAAUAUUUAGAUUGAUGAAUACCCAUUUUUAAAAC